CUUCCUUUUUUCUGGUAUCAUCAUUUCAAUUUACUCCAACCAAAAAAAAAACUCUUUGAAAAGAAGGCUUAGGCUUAUUGGGGGAACAGUUAUACGUAAAGUUGGUAAGCCGUAUGGGUAGAUCUCCUUGUUGUGAGAAAGAGCAUACCAACAAAGGUGCAUGGACCAAAGAAGAAGAUGAACAACUCAUUAACUACAUCAAACUCCAUGGUGAAGGCUGUUGGAGAUCUCUCCCCAAGGCUGCUGGUUUGCUUCGAUGUGGGAAGAGUUGUAGGCUUAGAUGGAUAAACUACCUGAGGCCUGAUCUCAAGAGAGGGAACUUCACAGACGAAGAAGAUGAACUCAUUAUCAAUCUUCACAGUUUGCUUGGAAACAAGUGGUCUUUGAUUGCAUCAAGGUUGCCGGGGAGAACCGAUAAUGAGAUCAAGAACUACUGGAAUACUCACGUCAAAAGAAAGCUUUAUAGCCGGGGGAUCGAUCCUCAAACGCACCGUCCACUCAAUUCUUCACUUUCUUCCUCCACGGUCACUACCUGCAGCAAGAGCAAAACAUUAAGCAACAACGUCGGCAGCAGUAAUAGCAGCUUCAAUAACAAUAACAAUAACAGUGAACUGCGAUUAGAAACGAAACGGUCAGCGACGCCAUUGAUGAAGGUUAACGGAAAGCAAGAUUCGAACAGCAGUGGCGGCGGAGUAAGUAGUGAUGAGCAAGUUUCACCGCAACGUCGUCUCAACCUUGAACUCUCCAUUGGGCUUCCAUUUCCGUACCAGUCUCAAGUUUCUCCCAUCAACUUAAAGGAGUAGGGUAGCAGAUGAUAUU